UUAACCAAGUUAUCUAAAUUGUUAGAGAAAAUGGCAACAGCUAAACCCCCAACCCCAAAUCAAGCCACCCCAACACAUUCAAAUCUGGUUAGACUCAUUGCAAUAGUCUUACUAGUACUCAUAGUCCUUGUUGGUUUAACCAUUCUCAUCAUUUGGCUAACCAUUAAGCCAAAAAAGUUGGUUUACUCCAUUGAUGAUGGUUCUAUCAACAACUACAAUUUAUCCGAUGGCAACCACCUAAACUCAACCUACGACUUUAUCCUUCGUGCAUACAAUCCUAACAAGAAAGUGUCUGUCUACUAUGAUAAAGUUGAUAUUGAGGUUCUAUAUGAUGAUGAAACUCUUAGCAGAGGGAUUAUUGAUCCGUUCCAUCAGCCUAAAAGAAACGCAACCCGUUUUAAGUUGAAUCUUGCAUCGCAUGAUGUACAGUUGUCGGAUCAGAUUGCACGAGACCUGAAGGCUGAAAGAACGUCAGGUCGAGUUGAGAUGACUGUGAAAUUGAAGGCUAGAAUAAGGUUCAAGGUGGGAGUGUGGAAGUCAAGACACUACCACAUGAAAGUAUCGUGUGCACCUAUAAUGGUUCAUUUUUCUACUUCUUCCAGGGGCUUUCAAAGGACCAUGUGUGAUGUUGAUAUUUGAUUUCUAGGGUUGAAUUGUGUUUUUCUUGGAUAUGAUUAGGGCGUGUUUUGCAAUUUCCUUGCUCUAUUUGUUUUGUUUCUAUUUUUGUGGAUUUGGGUGAAUUUUAAGUAUUAUAAUUUGUAUGUGUGGUUUAUUUAUUUGAAGACAUCACGUGAUACCUUUUAAUA